UUUUGUUGUACUUGUGUUACAGGUUAAGAGGAAGAAGUCUCCAGUGUCUGAUGAUGGUGAUGAUGAGAAUGGAAUGAAAGAUGAAGACAAUGAUUGGGAGGGGUCAGGAGGCAGUCCUGAUGAUGAUGAUGAUGACUUUAAACCAGUUGCUAAGAAACCAAAGAAAUCAGUUUCAGACGAGAAGAAGGCUUCAACUCCCAAGAAAACUCCUUCAACAAAAACACCGACUUCGACAAAGAAACCCUCAUCCUCACGCAAAAACUCAGUCUCCAAACCAGACACGCCCACGACAAAAAUAAAAAAAGACCCGACCCUUAAAAAGACCACACCCUCCUCUGCCAAAAAGGCCACACCCGCUAAAAAGACGAGCGAUUCUAAAAAAGGUUCUGGCACUCCUGGGAAGGACGUGGGAGGUACCCCAGUCAAAGGGAAGAAGAAAGAGGAGGAGAGGGAGGUUUGGAGGUGGUGGGACGAGGAGCCACACCCUGAAGGAGUGAAGUGGUUGACGCUGGAGCAUAAGGGUCCUUAUUUUGCUCCUCCUUAUGAAAGGUUACCGUCUGAUGUAAAGUUUUAUUAUAAUGGUAAGCCGAUGAAGUUAUCAGAAGCAGCUGAAGAAGCUGCUACAUUUUUUGCUAAAAUGUUGGAUCAUGAUUAUACGUCAAAGGACGUCUUUUGUAAUAACUUCUUUGCUGAUUGGAGAAAAGAGAUGACCUCAGAAGAGGCUGCUACCAUUAAAGACUUCACAAGGUGCAACUUCAAAGAGAUCCACGAGUACUUCCUAAGGAAAUCAGAGGAAAAGAAACAAAUGACAAAAGAAGAGAAGAAGAAAAUAAAAGAAGCCAAUGACGCCAUCACAGAAGAAUACGGUUGGGCAAUUAUGGAUGGUCACAAGGAGAAGAUAGGGAAUUUUAAAACCGAACCACCGGGCCUGUUUCGUGGUAGAGGGGACCAUCCUAAGCAAGGGAAGAUUAAGAGGAGGGUACAGCCGGAGGAUGUUACUAUUAAUAUUGGUAAGAAGGCACCAGUGCCUCCUGCACCUGAAGGACACAAGUGGAAGAGUGUCCAGCAUGAUAACAAGGUCACAUGGUUGGCUUCAUGGACUGAGAACAUUCAAAGCCAGAUCAAAUAUGUUAUGCUCAACCCAACCUCAAGACUAAAGGGAGAGAAGGAUUUAGCUAAAUAUGAGACAGCGAGACGUCUCAAAGGACGUAUUGAGGAGAUAAGGCGCAACUAUGAGUCCGACUUGAAGAGCAGGGAAACUGCUGUAAGACAAAGGGCAGUUGCUCUGUAUUUCAUUGAUAAACUGGCUCUGAGGGCUGGGAAUGAGAAAGAUGCUGACGAGGCGGCAGACACUGUUGGUUGCUGCUCCUUGAGAGUUGAGCACAUCAAGUUACAUGAAGAGUUGAACGGUAAAAGUGAUAUGGUGGUGUUUGACUUCCUUGGAAAAGAUUCAAUUAGAUAUUACAACGAAGUUCAAGUAACUCAUCAGGUAUUUAAGAAUCUUCACAUUUUCAUGAAAGGGAAAGAAACAGGAGACGACCUUUUUGAUAGACUAUCAACUGCUUUACUGAACAAACACUUGUCGGAGCUGAUGGAAGGGCUCACUGCUAAAGUGUUCAGGACUUACAAUGCAUCAAUAACACUGCAGGAACAACUAGAAGAACUAACUAAAGAGGAUGAUACUGUAAAUGAGAAGAUAUUAUCAUACAACAGAGCUAAUCGUGCUGUGGCUGUACUCUGUAACCAUCAGAGAACAGCUCCAAAGACUUUUGAUACACAAAUGAGUAACCUACAGGCAAAGAUAACAGCUAAAGAGGAAGCCAUUCUUGAUGCUAAAAAAGAAAUAAAGAAAAUGAAGAAAGAAUUGAAAGGAACUUCAGACUCUAAACUGCAGAAGAAACUAGAGAGUAAAGUGAAACAGCUUCCAAAGCUAGAGGAACAACUAAAGAAACUUGAAAUACAAGCCACUGAUAAGGAGGAGAAUAAGGAGAUAGCGUUAGGCACAUCUAAACUGAACUAUCUUGAUCCAAGGAUCAGUGUCAGUUGGUGUAAGAAGUGGGGUGUCCCUAUUGAGAAGGUGUACAACAGAACUCAGAGAGAGAAAUUUGCUUGGGCUAUUGAAAUGGCUGAUGAGACUUUUGUGUUCUAAGAAUAAUGAAUAAUAAUAAUAAGUAUUAUUAUUAUUGGUUCUUUUCUGUCUCCUAAUGCCUACUGUAGACAUGAGUCCUUUGCUGUACUAUAGGAGUGAUUCUGUUUUCAUUAAUUUUGUGUAAUUGUUUUGGUUUAUUUAUUUUUCUUAAAAAUUCA